AGACAGCCAGUUCCCCCGAGACCGUCGCAGAGGCAGAAUCUGGAGUGGCUAGAAACGACUUCUCUUUCCCGCGGCCGCCGGGGCCAUACCUGAAGGUGGCUACGGGAGCCCUGAGCCCCAGGCUAAGCGAUGCGACCAACGCUGAGGGACCAGGAAGGGGCGUGGCUUCCGCCUCGUAGAGGGGUCCCGCCCCGGUGACGUCACUUCCGUAAACAAAGGGCGCUGUGGAGGCGCCGGUCCCAGGCUGCUGACCCGGGUGGGCGACCCCGGACUCUUGCUGCAGCUGUAGCAGAGGCUUUGGACGCUCUCUGACCCUUUCCAGUUAAGGGAGGGGAUCGCAGCCUCUUCCUCCGGUCAUACGAAGCUGGUGUUGAUGCGUCGACAAACUUAAAACAAUGGAAGAGCGGAAAGUGAAGAGGAAGAGCCCCAAGUCUUUCAGUGCCCACUCUACUCAGGUUGUUAAUGCCAAAAAAAAUGCCAUCCCAGCGAGUAAAAGCACAGGCUUUUCAAAUCCCACAGCACAGUCAACUUCCCAGCGGCCAAAGUUAAAGAGAGUGAUGAAAGAGAAGAACAGACCUCAAGCAGAAGGGAAGGGGACUCAGUCCACCCCCAUCCAGCACUCCUUCCUCACGGACGUCUCCGAUGUCCAGGAGAUGGAGCGCGGGCUCCUCAGUCUGCUGAAUGAUUUCCACUCUGGAAAGCUGCAGGCGUUCGGAAAUGAAUGUUCCAUAGAACAGAUGGAACAUGUCCGGGGAAUGCAGGAGAAAUUAGCUCGCUUGAACUUGGAGCUGUACGGGGAGUUAGAGGAGCUUCCCGAGGAGAAGCGGAAAGCGGCCAGCGAUGCCAACCUGGACAGACUUCUGUCUGACUUAGAAGAAUUGAAUUCUUCUAUGUAUCCUUUGCCAACUAUCAACAGUGUAAAGUUCAUAAUCUGUAGUUCCGGGGAAAUAAUUCCUACCAUAUCUUAUUUUACCACUAGGGCUAUGUGUCUUCCCUUUUAACUCUCCCAAUCAAAUUGUUUCGUUGUUUCGCAUGCUGAAAUUCUGUGUCUGGUUUGUUCUUCACUUUAUAUUGUUUUCUUAUUUUUUCAAAAGAAAUUUAAUUAUUACAUUUCAAGUCAUGAAAAUUGUGUAUUGGACUAUAAGAAUUAUUUUGACUCUUAGAUUCUGAGACUACCUAGCAGAUAUCCAAAGAUAUGCUUAAUAGUAUUACUUAAGGUGUAUAAAAUUGAAAGUCAGGUACCGCUAAAACACAACUUUCAAGGGUCCUUUCACAGAUGUCGACAUGGCAUCUCCAUGCCAAAGCUAGGGCAGUGUAGGAAUACCUUGCAGGAAAACACCAAUAACACGUAGGUGAUUUUGAUUUUGAUAUUUCAGUCUGAAACAAUGACUUAAGGAACUUUUCAGACUUUUUCUUUUAAUGUAUUUGUCAACACAAUUGCUAAUACACAAGAAUAAUAGGAAACAACCCUGCCUUCAACCUGCUUUCCUAUGAGAAGGUAAUUUUCUUUGAACAUGAUAAUGGCAUGAGAUAGGACUUCUGAAAUGUGGUUCACACUUCAGUAAUGGGACAUUUCACACGUCCUUUAACAUCUCCAAGGGCUUCUGUAAUACUAACUGCUUUGGGUAAUGGUAUAUAUGAGGAAAUUUCUAAACUAUGUAGAAUAUACAGACGUUAGAGUAGCAAGUCUGAAUCCUGCUGUAUCGUUUUAUACUGUUACUAACUGCUCAGCCUUGGUAAUGGUAUAUAUGAGGAAAUUUCUAAACUAUAUAGAAUACACAGACGUUAGAG